AUGUGGACCUCAUUUGGAUUCUAUUUAUAUACACAUUGUAUUCAGAUGUAUUCAGAGGCUCAUGGAUCUGUGAAACAAACGGUAUCCACGGGGAAGGCUCGGUUGCUCGGAGGAGAGUGUGACCAGAGAAAUCAAGCGGUGACUAGCUGGAAACAAUCUCGAAACCAAGCAUGGACACGAAUCAAAAUGUUCUUCCAUAGAAAUCAACAGUAUAUUCUGUUUGAUAGCCAUGGCCAAGAUGUUUGCCUCGGGCUAUUCUUCAAGUCCAAUAUGCAAGGUUGGAAUCUUUGCCUGCGGCUCAGCAAUGCAAACCUGGAUACUAAGAGUGCUCAGGGCUAG